UGACGAGUUGGCAAGUGUUAGAUUCAAGUUGCCAACAAAAUUAUCAAAUUAGUGGUUUCGAUGAACAGUAAAUUGUUUCAUGUAAAAUACAACAGUUUAUAAACUUUAGGCACUUCCAAAUAUUAAAUUUUAUAAAAUAAUUUAUUCUUGAAAUUUUGUUGAUUUCAAUUUUUCAUAGCUUAUCAUUCAGUUUUGCCCCCAUUUUCCCAUCGGUAUUCAUUAAUACGGUUUGCAGGUUAUGUCGCAUAUAAUACAAGAUUAGACCACUAGUUUCUUCUACGCAUUUCAUCGCUUUUAUUCGUUUAUCGUAUAAUUUCUAUUGCAACGGUGUAAUAUUUUUUAAGUCGGAAUUUUUCCAUUUGUAAUUCUUUGAUCGAAAAUCAACUCCUCUCGCCGAUUCAAAAACACUACGCGAGACACUAUUUCGAUAAACAAAAAACAACAAUCAAUCAACAAAAAUGAAUGAAGUAAAUAUCAACAAGUACCUUAGCCAAUUCAAUCCAAUUCUCAUCGUACCUGUUUUGUCAACAUUUGUUGCCAUCCUUGUGUUUUUAUUUGGAUUCAAACGCCCGAAUGAGCCACGAUUUCAGCCUAAUUCAUCUAUAGAUUCAAUAAAAAAAUCUAAAAAAAGCAAAAAGACAACAGAUAUUGCAGUUGCGAUAGCGAAUAAAAAGGGAUCUGUAAAUAGCAACAAUAAUAGCAGCAACAGUAACAACAACGUUAAUAAAAAAAAGACUGAUGAGAAGAAGUCUGAUAAUGGUUCUCCUACAAAGAAAGUUUUAAACAAAAAGAACAUCAAAGAGUCGACAAACUUCGUCACUAAAAAGUCAAAAACAAAUAAGAACAAUUCAUCGAACAGUACUGAAUAUGGUGAAAAGCCAGCUGAUUUCGAUGAUGGCGGUUGGUUCACUGUUCAAUCAAAAAGCGCCAAGCAAAAAAAUAAAGUAGACGAUUCAACAAAUGCAAAUCAAACCGAAAAUUCUCCACCAAAGGUUCAAAAUACGAAGAAUAAUAAAUCUUCAAAAAUUGAUACCAAGCAAUCUAUUGCUGCACAAGUGACUUCCAAUGCAUCGGAAAUUUUGUUGCCCGAUCAACAAUCAAAGUCGGAACAACAAACAAAUUUUGAUCAGUCAUUCAAUGUUGCUAAAGCACAAGUAGUUGAACCAGUUACAGCAAUUGAAGAUCAGCCAGCUGAUCAUGUAACCAAUAAUGUCAUGGUUCAAGCGGAAAUAGAAAAGAAGUGUACCGCUAAUGUCCAACUUGACGUUGCUGAUAUAAAUGUAGUUGCAAACAGUGGAAUUGCAUUCGACGAAUUGGAAGAAUGGACCGACGCCAAACCAGAUAGAAAGCGAGCUAACAAAAAAAAAACUAGAAAAGAUAUAUAACUAAAUAAUAAAAUUUCAU